AUGUCUUUUCGAUUUAUUGAAUCGCUUAAUGCUGUAGAUUAUCUGCUCAGUAUCUUUUCAACGCUCCUUUUAUACCUUUUCCGUUUUAACUAUAACUAUUUCACUCGUCAUAAUCCACUUCCUGGUCCUUUACCAUUACCAUUUGAGUUAGAGAACUUCUUUUUUGAUGGUAACUUCAAACGCCUUGCUGCAGACUUAUAUCAAAAGUAUGGGAUAUCUGUGAAUUCAGAUUGGGUGGUUUAA